UCCCAAAUUCAUGUUCUUCGGCCUUCUCGGGAGAGAAGUAAAACGACGUCGCCGCUUCCAAGUUCGGAAAUAAUGGAAUUAAGUAAUUAUCUGAGACUGAGAAGCAGAUACUCAUACGACGGCGACGACGCAUUUGGAUGUGGAACCCUAAUUUGCCGGUCGUGUGGCCAUCGGAGCUGGGAUGUUCCGGCGGGCGUGAAGUUCGAUCCAAGCGACGAGCAGAUUUUAGAGCAUUUAGAGGCCAAACUGAAGCGGAGCCUUCAUCCGCUCAUCGAUCAAUUUAUCCCAACUUUAGAGGGAGAACAUGGAAUUUGCUACACUCACCCUCAAAAUCUCCCUGGAAUGAGAGAAGAUGGGCAAAUCCGGCACUUUUUUCAUCGGCCCUCAAAAGCAUACACCGCCGGCACAAGGAAGCGCCGGAAAGUUCAAUCAGAGGAAGAAGGCAUCGACACAAGAUGGCACAAAACCGGCAAGACAAGGGCGGUGGUUAGCGGCGGCGGCGGCGUCGGGGCUGUGAUGGGUUUCAAGAAGAUUUUGGUUCUGUAUUCAAAUUGUGGGAGGGAGAGGAAGGCCCAAAAGACGAACUGGAUAAUGCAUCAGUACCAUCUGGGGGUUACGGAGGACGAGAAAGACGGCCAACUGGUGGCUUCUAAGGUCUUCUUCCAGAAACACCCUCGCCAACGCCAGUGCCCCUCCUCCGCCGCCGUCGAUUCGCCGGAAACUGCUGUAUUUGUUGAUUACAGCUGCAGUGAUAAUAUCCCAUUAUUCCAAUUUCCAUUAUUAGGGGCCGCCGGCAGAAGAGAGGAAGAUGGAGAAGAUAUUGCAGAAUUUGGCUCGGUUUUAUUAGGAGAUGGAGAUGAUAAUGCAUCUUCUGUUGUCGGAUAAUCCAUCCCCAAACUUGUUUCUAGCUUUUGUCACUGUCAGAUAAGUUCAAAUUCAAUUCUCGGAAUUGAAUCAAUUCAAUUGAUAAUGGGUCCAGCCCAAUAGCAAAUUUUGUGUACAAGAGUCUUCUUAGACUGCUAUGUUGGAAAAAUUACACAUCAAGAAUAUUACUUACACAAUAAUAGAGAUGACAUAAUAGAUUUAUACUAA